CGGAAUGGGCAGAUUUCGCCAGCCCGUGUUUAACCACUGAUUUAUAGCACGACCUGCACCGAGAGUCUGUAUUUUAGCACGUCGCCUACACGAUGCCAUGCGGAGGUAAGGUGAUGGAAGAGGCCAGCAGGAGGGUUUCAGAGCUGAUUCCAGUGGUGCUAUUUCCGCGGUUGCCAGGCUUUGUCUCCUCUUCUGUUCAGUAACAGCGCCCAUUCUCAUCCCGAAUCACCAUGAAGCCAGUCCACGAGCGCAACCAGGAGUGCCUCCCUCCCAAGAAGCGGGACCUCCCUCUUAACAACAACAACAACAACACCUCUAUCAACAACAAUAACAGCAGUAGCAUCAGCGGCGGAGCGGGAGGCAGCGGCAGCAUUGGGAGUGCAGGAGGAGGAGGUGAGGAUGCCCCAUCUUCACAAAGCUCUGGAGCGAGUGGAGAAGGUAGUGGCGAAUGGGUGCGAGCCCAGCCGAGCGUGCAUUAUGGGAUGGAUGGUGGCGAGGGUCUCGUUGGGCUUCCUGUGGAUCAGUUUAGCAUGCUUUAUAAAGUAGCUCUGCCCACUGGCACCUACUCAACCACCAAUCUGCACCCCAUUCUUAGCCACAUUUCUCCUGCCUACACCGUUCCCUCCCAGGUGUUACAGCACACGAGCGUUCCCUACCCUCCUCUCUGUUACGCCCAGAUCCCUCACUCCUCGUUGCAGUAUGUUAGCUCUCCGUACGCAGCUGCGGUUCCCUACGCCGUGCCUCCGGGAUUCGUUCCCAGCCCUUUGAUACCACCCCAGUCCGCUAUUUCCCAGCCGAACUCAGUUUCCCACCUGAUUCCGUAUCCAUCAGUCAUUCAGGAAGGAGUUGCCUCUCCGCAGCAGCAGGUCUCGACCCAUGCAUACACCAAAAUGGGAGUUCCUCUGGUGCUCCCUUCUGAUCAAACGGUGACACAAGCGCAGCUUGGGACUGUAGGGAUGCUGCCUGCUGGGGAGCUCAGCCCGAGAGCCGUGUACUACCACCCUGCUGUCAGGGGCGUCCAACUGCAAAGAGACCUGCACAGCAGCUCCAUGGAGCAGGAGAGGGAGGUGAAUGGAGGGGACAGAGAACACGGAGGCAGGGAGAGCCAUCAAGAUGCAGUUUAUUCAGCCAGAAGUGCACGGCUGCUGCAGGCAUCUGCAUCCGAGCCCCAGCAAGACAAGAGCUUAAAAAACCGCAGGCCGGAAGGCAGAAUGUCGCCAGGACAGAGGAGCACACCAGACACUGAUCUUGAGGUACAGCAGGUGGUUGGACGACUUGCCUCUCCUGUCCACGGCAUGAGUCGCAAGGAAGCAGCACAUGUCCCUCUCAACCUGUCUCAAAGCUUUCAGAGGGGUCGAGAGACUCAGGGCGAAGUCAGAACACCUUAUGCAUCAAAUCCUGCUGAAUCUAGAGCACAGCAGCAGCAGUUCCUUCAACAAGGACAUGCCGUUAUCUUGGCCAAUGGGCAGCCUGUUCUAGUGCCCCUGGACUACCAUCACCACCAACAGCAGCAGCAGCAGCAUUUCCAAUCUAACGAUGGGGCUCCUGCUACAUAUACAAAAGCCAUGGAUGCAGCAGCCUGUCUCCCAGAGCGUGCAGUGGUGGAGCUGCCUCCCCAACAGGGGCAGCAGCCCUCCCAGCAUCUUCCAGCUCCUGGUACUUUCCCACAGGCUCCUUUGCUAGCACCCUCCGGCCCAUCGCACUUCAUGAAGGGCGCCAUCAUACAGUUGGCUACCGGAGAGCUCAAGCGUGUAGAAGAUCUGCAGACUCAGGACUUUGUGCGGAGUGCAGAAGUAAGCGGGGGGCUGAAGAUCGACUCAAGCAUGGUGGUGGACAUCCGCGCUAGUCAACAGCGGCUCGGUCUAGUGGCGCUGCAUUUCAAUGUAGGGGAGCAACAGAGCAAAGUGACUAUAGAUGUUCCCCCCGAACACCCCUUUUUCGUUUUUGGACAGGGCUGGUCAUCCUGUAGCCCUGAGCGGACUGCCCAACUGUAUGGUCUCACCUGCCACCAUCUGCAAGUGGGCGACGUCUGCGUGUCCGUGACAUUGCAGCAGCAAGCUGCGUCGCAGCAGAAACCGGCGCAGCAAGUGCAGGCCCGGACUCCCACCAAAGUCAACUCCACGUCAGGAGCCCCACCUCAACCCAUGGGCCCCCCUGCGCCCCAACACACCCCUCGGCCACAAAGCCAAUUAAAAAUUGAGCGCAUCCACAGAGAGAGGGACCGGGACAAGGAAGAGCCCAUGCAGGUCGGGGGUUUGCGACACAUCGACGCACCCCAAAGACCGAACAGGACUUCAGCAGAGCACACUCGGAGCCAGAGCAACUACUAUUUGCACCCUGAGGGUCAUGCUCCACCGGGAGCCGCAGCGGGAGCUUCUUCUGUAGGGGCGUCCCAGAGGCGCUGGUCUGCCCCUGGCUUCCAAAGAUACAGCAUCAAGAAUGAGGAGGGAAGUUUAGCAUCAGCUGCCACCUCUGGCACCUCUCGGCCAUCGUUUAUCCCUCAAGAGGUCAAGCUAUCCAUUGAGGGGCGCUCAAACGCCGGGAAGUAGCAGACAAAAGAGAUUGUCCAUGGGAGCGAAGUGUCAGUCGGGCGAACGGAUGCGAAAGAGGGAGCGUGGUCAGAGGGAGAGAGAAUGUAGCCUCAGAAUGUUUGAGAUUUUGCACAUAUUGGAAGAUUCCCCCUGCCGCCCCCUUCUCCAGUUCUCUUCGGUUCUGGUCUCAAGCUGAAGACUUUAGUGUCAGGUCAUAGUCAGCGUUCACAAUGAUCUGCAUGGGCAGCUUUAUCCGGUAAAUCAUGUACCAAAGCCUGCGUCGUCUGCGUGUUCGUGUGGGUGAGCUAUCAUGUUUGGCAGUGAUCACUUGCGUGAAGGUAUCUUGCAGUUCCUCGAGUAGAUGUUUAUUUCAAAAGGCCAGGGAUAAGAAUGGGAUACAGCCAUAGAGUCUUGACAAGCCUUUACAGUAAUAAUAAUUAUAUAUUUUAAAGGACAAAAAAGGAUAGAUUGCUCAACAACCCCCCCCAAAGACAGGCUCUUUCUCUCUAAAUGUUGACUUUCCAUUGUUGCCCCGCCAGGCAUUUAUUGGCUAAGUCCUUAAAACUUGGACAGUUCUUAAUGCGUCUCUCUCUAGAGGUGUGUUUGUCCUCACUUUCCUACACUCUCAUCCUCUCCCUGUCUCUUCUCAGGGUGCUUCUGCUGAGGAAUCCUUUCUAGUCUGGAGUUUGAGAACAGUUGCCCAGCGCCGUCACAUCAAUCAAUUGAUCCAACAGUUUUUCUACUAUCAGGAACUAUUUCCAGAUGAAGUCUAGCACGCAUCUUAACAGUUGCUUUAACAACUCCUCAGAGGUUUUUAGCAGUGGUUCUGAAUCUGCAUUCCAGUCGUGAUCUCUCCUCCUCGACCCAUUGGAGUUAUCAUUUCCCAGUAAGGCCGGCCUAGGAAAACCCCCUCUAAAUAGUACCUCAUGGUUGGAAGCAUCCUUCAGUCUUAUUAUUAACUUUUUAAUUUUUUAUUUAAUCCUACAUUGUUGUGCCCUUUUCCUGGAGACACCAUGUGGUGUCAGCCAAAAUCAGCCCUGCUUGCGAAGCUGAGACCAAAUGCAGAACAGGUUCUAGCUGUUUGCGAAUGGCCUGUUCCUGUGGAAACGGAUGAUUGCUCUGAAGCAUGCAGGUUUAAAUGAAGUCAUCCCAUGGAAGCGUUUAGCACACACAAGUGUAGAGUCACUGCUGUUGGGUGUGGACUGACCCUGCUCACUUAUCAAAAUCAAAGCAAUAGUUGUCAGAACACAUUUUUCUUGUUUCCUUUUUCUUUUCUUUUUAAAAUCCUGUGCCAGACAGAUUAUUCCUUGUAUUUACAUUUUUCUAUGUGCAGAGACACCUUUUUAUCCUUAUCCUGCACUUCUCUUGAUUUACUGAGAUGAUGCAGUUUUAGUUUGUGAUGAGCCUCAUUCUAACAGUUACUAAAGGAGUUCAAUUCAAAGCAUGCGACUACCCAUAAAACAACACCUCUUUCUUUUAGGUAGUUUUUCUUGCUGACCAGUAGUAUCUUCAGAGAUGACUAAUAUGAAAUCACACAUUGAAAUGGGGCUUUUCUAAAACACCCACUGAUUAGGAAGUUUAGGAUCUGCUUUGUUCUUUAUAGAAGGCUCUUAGCGCCUUACAUUGUGUCCUAACCAGGUAUGAAACGAUUAGACAAGCGAUAAAAGUCAUGCUUGAUUUGCAGUUGGUUGCAUCUGCAAAAAGCACUAAGCAACAGGACGCUUUGUUUUUCACAUCUGUCAGUUUUUAUUUUUGUGGUAUUGUGCUCUAGCUCCGCCAACUAUUAAAACCUCAUUGGUCCAAAUUCAUUCCAUAGGUUUUGACAGGUUGUGAGAUUGUCACAUGCAUGUUUGCUUUCAGAUUGGAUGGUCAAAUUCACUGGAAACUUGUCACGUCACACCUGGUUAGGACUGAUGUUGAACUUAUCUUGAAACCGCUCUUCUCUGGAAAGAGCUUCGUUAAUAGAGUUUUUAUGGUUUCUUCUUUGGGUUUUUUUUGUAACUGGUGAACUCUUGUACAGUAUUGCGUUCUGUCUCUCUUCUUGGCAAUAUUACCCACGAGUGAUGUUUAAAACUUGUACUGCAGGUCUUGUAUUGCACAGAUAAGUUCAAUCGAUUUACGUUGACUCUUUAAUGGGAAUCAGAUGUGUUUUAUUGUUUUUUUUUUCUUUUAAUAAUGAAGGGAAAAUGUUUGUGUUGUUUUGAAGUAUUCAGUUUUGUUGGUGGUUUUUGGCUUAUGAGAAACUGACAGGCAAGGAUGACACUGUUUACACAUUAGCCAAGAGAAAAUGCUGCAGUUUCACUUUUUGUAGUUACUGAACAUUUUCAGAUGGAUGAAAUCAAGACUUAAGUGCAAUUAGACCAAAUAUUAUAAACAUUAGGAAGCUCAUGUUUUAUUUCAAAACAGCAUUCCAGAAAGAGCCUGACAUUCCCAUUUUUUGUUGUUGUUUUUGUAGUUUCUCUUUUUCCCUCUCAAUAUUUUGAUGCCACUUCCUUGUCAGAUGCAAAUUUUUAUUUCCAUUUUGGCCCAAGUUCUUUCAUGAGACCUUUGAUAUUUCUCUGCAUUGUUGGCUCUUGGCAUUGCUGGGCUGUCUGAGUUUGGACCAGGAUUGAACUGUUUUGGCCUCUUGCUAUCACUCAAGUCUUUAAGAGAAGAGGUUUUUUUUUUUUUAGGUAAGAAAUUAUAUAUUUUUUAUAUAAAUGUAGCACUAGCAUUGGACCGGUUAGAUUUCCGACUUCCUCCAAACUGCAUCAACCUCAACGAUACCACAUUUCUGUGAAGUUCUUAAACCUCUGAUGUUAAAGAGAAGAAAUUCGGUAUGGUAUAAACAAGGGUUGCUUGAAUUCACAGGACUCAUGACUAGGGCUGUCACUAGCGAUUAUCUUGGUAAUCGAGUAAUCUGUCGAUUAUUCUAACGAUUAAUCGAGUAUUCUGAUUUUUUGUGAUUAAAAUAUACCUAAGCGAACAAUUAGGGUUCCAUAGAGGUGGAAACUUUCCGAAAACUUUCCCUGGAAUAUUCCCAAAAAUCCUGGAAAGUUUCCAAAAUUUCUGGAAU